AUGGUUGCAUUCGCAGUAUUGGGUGGCCAAGAUCCUGGCAUAGCGGACGCUCAUCCGUUCAUUGCUUCAGGACAUACAGCCCCACCAUUUCCACUGGUCAUUUCUUUCAUCAAUUCACUUGGCCAACAAGUAUCACAAACCAGCCUGAUAGACGCUCUCUUACAGUCCGAGGCUCUUCAGGCCAUAUUUACGCAUAACAAACAAUUUUACCCUGUUGUGUACGGUAGGAAUGUUGGAAUAUACCUUAGCUGGGAAGCAGCACUUCAACAAGUGAAUGGACGGCAAAUACGGAAGUUCAAGAAAACCAAGACAUUUAUCGAGGCCAUUGAGUUCAUGCUCACCAAAGGAAAUGUAUCCACACCCGCCCUGCCAACAUUCCUGCCACCACAUGCUGCAACGUCUCACGUGACACCUUCACGGUCAAAUAUACAUGCUUCAUCAAGGACAACAACGAGCUCAGUGCCAGGUUCACACAAGCAGAAAUGGGGUGUGACCGACACUGCCGAUGCUCUGAGCAUGCUUUCACUUGACGUUGAAUAUGCACACCAGCCACCCAUCUCACAGCCCACCCAGCCCAAGCAGCUUGAAGACUAUCCUCCUUGUGGCCUUCUUGGCCUAGCUGCAGAGAAGUACCUUGAUGCUCAUGGGUACAAGGGCAGCGCCAUUUUUCACAUCCUACUUGGAUUCAAGGAGGUGUACUCUCCGUUGGAUUUUGUCAACUAUAUCUGCCUAAGGGGCAUACCCCAAGCAGAAGCGGUUUACAUAUAUGAGCUUAUUAGCGGCUCUAACAUCGGGUGCGCCGAUUACGAAGCUGUGUACUAA